AUGGCUGACGAACCUCGAAGAUCCGUUCGCGCGACAAAAGGACAGCAUACCAAAACCUCCGAUCUCCUGGAUCAAUCCUCGCCUACACCCACAACAGGCAAGAAGAAAAUAACUAAAAAGUCGUCAAAGAAGGCAGCCAAGAAAGACGACGAUGAGGAAGUUGAGAUUAUUCGAUGUGUUUGCGGUGCCAUCGAGACAAGCGAUGAAGAUACGGAGCCUUGGAUCGCAUGCGACGAGUGUGAAUGCUGGCAACAUAACAUUUGCGUUGGUAUCAGCCGUUUCGGAGACGAGGCUCCUGAACAUUACUUGUGCGAGAAACACGACCCAUCCUUCCCGCUGCACAAAGAAUUAUUGGAUGGUUUGAAGAAAGGUAGAAAGGUGUGGGAAGAACGACGUCGAAAGGUCGAACAGGAAAUCGCCGAUGAGGAGGCCGAGAAGGCGGGCCAUAAGAAGAAGAGCAAGAAACCCCAAGCCAAGAGGGCAAGUGAUCUAUCCGAGAUCAGUUAUGCUACCAAUGGAAAGGCAAAGUCUCCAUCAGUUCCUGUCUCUGAGAAGAAGGGAAGCGUGGCGAGAUCCGGAAGCACGAAGAGAAAGAUUAGAGAUGAGUCUCAUGAUACUGAAACCAAGGAACCCCAAACAAAAAUCCGCAAGGUCUCUGAACCUCGUCAAAAGUCUCCUCCCUCUGAUCUGCCCGCGAGAAUUAUAGACCUUGAAACUUCCCGACAGUCGAGCGCGAGUCUCAUACUCAAGAAUUUAAAGCUCACUAUUCCCGCCGCCAUCCAAGCUGGCCUGUAUUACCUCGGUGAGAACGAUACCAUCGAAGCAAAAGCGGAACGUCUUGCGAUUGAAAUCGAAAACGCCGUUUUUAUCACCCACCCAAAAGCAACAUAUGUCAAGCAAGCUCGCUCUGUUGCUUUCAACAUCAAGGUGAACCAAGAAUUAUGCAAUGGCCUUCUCACAAGGACUCUUACACCUAGUGCUCUAGCAGUCAUGAGUUCGGAUGACAUGGCUAGCAAACAAUUAAAGGCAGAGACAGCAGAAAUGAAGGCUCGGGCGGAUAAACAGUCGAUCAUGAUUACCGACAACGAUGGACCACGUGUUCGGAGAACUCACAAGGGUGAUGAGAUUGUGGAGGAUGACAAUUUUGCUGUGCCAGAUGAUCGUAUGUCUACAGCUCGUCGACGAAGCAUGCUUGACCCAAAUGCUGAAAUGGCAUCCCGGUCAAGAGAGAAUUCGCCUGGAGGAGAUGAAGUUGAACUGCCGGAGAACAUCGAUGAUCAUCGAUCCCACGACGACAUACGAAGUCACGUUGUUCCGAGACAACCUCUCACGGUCGAAACCAAGCAGUCUCAUCCCCCUACAAGAAAGGCGUCAGGCCAAAGCUCCUUUGACAUUAAUAGAGACAUCAACAGAGUUGUCAAGAGCGUUCAAUCACCAGUCGGCACACAGCAUAUUCGUCGACCAUCGGUAAUUAACAAUGCUCCACCAGUCAAUGGACCAGGCGUUGAUCCCGAGAUUGACAAGCUUCUCCAAGAUGACGAUGGUAAUGAGUCUCCUCCAUACUCGCCAGCCGAGUACAACUCAGAUCCAGAAAUUGUUUGGCGUGGAACCGUUACGAUGGAUUCAAUUGCGAAGUUCCCAGCAGUAGCAAAACACAUUGGUGGGGCAGAUCUUAGUAGUAAAACUCCAUGGGAUGACAUUCUUCAAAAGGAUUUGAGGGUAGCUGGUCGUAUCGAUCAAGAAAAGGCCAACGAGUAUCUCUGCAGCCUUCGAUACAGCCAGCCUACAGAUAUUGUCAUCGUUGCCGUAACUCCAACUGGAGAAACUGCUUCGCUAGGCUACCAACACUUGUUCAACUACUUCCACAGCAAGAACAGGUACGGCGUCCUCACAAAUAAAGGCGUCGGGAAUAUCCGUGAUACAUACCUGGUACCAGUUCCAGCAAGCCCAGGUAGUCUCCCAGACUUCGUCAUCAACCUCGAAGGCCACAAGAUCCCAGAAGAGCGACCCGAGCCUAUGAUUCUUGUCACGCUCGUCAUCCGCUCCGAUGUGCAGCCAGAGACCCAGCAAAAUUUCGAGGCCCAGAGCCCAUCCAUCAUGGGCCACCCACAACGCCAAAUGUCCAUGAGUGGUGCGGCACCAGCAAUGUCGCCCAUUGCACCGCAAGGGUCAUUCGCAUCUCCAUCUACUCAGUUCAACAACAACACAGACUAUCGCCAACAUGAAGAACAACGACUAGAGAAGCAACGGGAGGGCGAAGCUAACGCAGUCAGAAUCCUGGGUCAACAUAUCAAUGCACCGACAGUUGCAUUUUUGAUGCCGCAGGCGUAUCAAAUGAGAGAAGUGGAAUGGGAGAUCAUAUCGGAUAUCCUGGAGAAAGAUGAGAAGGCUAGGGUGGAUCUGACCCAUUUGAGUCAGGUUUUGGAUUCGAGGAUGACGGAGCAGGGCCAGAGAGGUUAG